AUGGAGGAGGCAGACCGAAUCCUCAUCCAUUCCCUGCGCCAGGCCAGCACAGCAGUUCCUCCAGAUGUACAGACCCUGCGAGCCUUCACUACUGAGUUGGCUGUAGAAGCCGUAGUCCGCUGCCUGCGUGUAAUCGACCCUGCCAUGGGCUCUUGCCUCAGCCCCCUGCUGCCUCUGGCCAUGUCCGACCGCUUCCGCCUGGCCAUGAGCCUGGCUCAGGCCUGCAAGGACCUGGGCUAUUCCUUGGAGCUUGGCUAUCAGAACUUCCUCUAUCCCAGUGAGCCUGAUCUCCGGGAACUGCUUUUCUUCUUGGCUGAGCGUCUGGCCUCUGAUGCCUCUGAGGAUGCAGAUCAGCCUGCUAGUGACUCAGCUAUUCUUCUCCAGGCCAUUGGGCAAAUCCGGGACCAGCUGGCUCUGCCCUGGGUCCCACCCCUCCUUCGCACUCCCAAGCUACAUCAAGUCCAGGGUUCAGCCUCCCAGAAGCCUUUCCACACCACCAGGCUGGUCAUGCCUGAGUUGAGUUCCAGCGGGGAGCCCUGGGAGUUCCAGGCGAGUCCUCUGGUGCUACCAGCCCCCACCCAGGUGCCCCAGCCUGUUGGGAGGGUGGCCUCACUCCUCGAAUGCCAUGCCAUCCAGCUUUGCCAGCACAGGGGCGGAAGCCACCCUGGGGAUGAGGACUGGGUCCACCGGGCAAGCUGCCAUCCCACCCAGGAAGAUACAUGGGCUCAGAGGCAAUGGCUACAGAAGCACCUGGCUGAGCAUCUCUGCCAGACCUGGGGCCAACUAGGGGCUCCCCCACAAACCGGAGACCUGGGAGAGCUGCUGCAGGCCUGGGGUGCUGGGGCCAGGGCUGGUGCUACCAAGGCUUCCAACUUCACACACUCAGAGAAGUUCACCUUUCAUCUGGAGCCUGAGAUACAGACAGCCCAGGUGUCUGAUGUGCCUGCCACCUCCCAGUGGCCUGAACAGGACACAAAGGCAGCUCAAGAGCAGGAGCUGGAGUUUCUCAGGGAGCAGCUAGAGGGAGUGAACCGCAGCAUUGAAGAGGUUCAAGCCAACGUGAAAACCCUGGGAAUCAGCUUCAUGCAGGUGGAAACCAAGAGUCACCAGAAUGAACUCAGCACCGCGGAGUGUGAGCAGGGCCUGCAUUUGAAGAGCCGGGCAGUGGAGCUGCUGCCUGGCGGGGCUGCCAACCUUGCCAAGCUGCAGCUCAUGGUGGAGAGUACUAUCCAGCGGGUCUUCCACUUGGCGGGUCAGUGGGAAAAGCACUGGGUCCCUCUCCUGGCUGAGUACCGCCACCUCCGAAAGCUCCAGGAUUGCAGAGAGUUGGAAUCUUCUCGACGGCUGGCAGAGAUCCAGGAGCUGCACCAGAGUGUUCGAGCAGCUGCCAGAGAGGCCCAAAGGAAGGAGGAAGUCUGUAAGCAGCUGGUGUCAGAACUGGAGACCCUGCCUAGAGACGUGUCCUGUCUUGCCUAUACCCAGAGCAUCCUGGAGAUUGUGGGCAACAUCCGGAAGCAGAAGGAAGAGAUCACUAAGAUCUUAUCAGACACAAAGGAGCUUCAGAAGGAAAUCAACUCCCUGUCUGGGAAGCUGGAUCGGACAUUUACAGUGACCGAUGAGCUUGUGUUCAAGGAUGCCAAGAAGGAUGAUGCCGUUCAGAAGGCAUACAAGUAUCUAGCUGCCUUGCAUGAGAACUGCAGCCAGCUCAUCCAGACCGCUGAGGAUACAGGCACAAUCAUGUGGGAGCGAGAUCUUGAAGAGCAGAUAGAGACAGAGAUGGGGAAGAAGACCCUCAGCAACCUGGAGAAGAUCUGGAAGGACUACCGAGCCCUUCGCCAGGAGAAUGCUGGCCUUUUGGGGAGGAUCCCAGAGGUCUGAGGAGGCCCCCACACCACUCUGCUCCUGUCCUUGGUCAGGGAGUUGGGACACUGGGGGCUAUGGCCAAGUGCAUGCCCCAGCUGUUCCCUCUUAUUGGCUGCACAGCUCCUCCUAUAGCCUUGGCCCCAGACCCCAGCCCACCUGACCCCAACCCUUAUCUUGGGUGAUUGUCCAGAUUGU